AUGUACCGGCGAUUGCAGAGAGAGAACACGGGCAGGCGGCGCAGACUGGUUGAUUUAUUCUACCAGAUGGACGCAAAUCAUGACAGAAUUCUGAGCUCCUGUGAAGUAAACUGCUACCUACGUCAACAUGGCUAUGACGAUGCGGCAAUAAGGAGUUUCUGGCAAACGUUCGAUCGCAACCGAGAUCACCAAAUCACGGCCGAGGAGUACAAUGAGGUGCUAGCCCGGCUUCCAGAUGACAGCGUUGAUACAGGGAGGUUUCGCCGCGUUUUUUCAACUCUUGACAUAAAUAACGACGGGAGACUUGAUCUGGCUGAACUGCAGGCCAUUCUAAUAGCGUUAGGAAAUCCGUUAAACGAGGCCCUUCUUCGUGCUCUUCUGGAACUGCACCAAUUCUCACCCGAUGCCGGCCUCUCCUUCGAAGACUUUCUCUCAUUCUUCUCUGAUCCGCUUUUUGUUUAG